AUUCCAAAACGUUUCCUUAGUGCUUUUGCUUUUGUGGCUUUUGAAGCUCAUCUUCUUUUGCAUUUCCUAUGCCCUGUCUGAUAUCUGAGCUCAUUUUCCUUUCUAAUUUAUUGGAAUUCUCCCUUUUCUUGGGAACCUUGAUUGUUUUGGGAAUUAAUGUCCUGAGUAUUGGGUUUGUUGUUAGAUUUAAUUUCUGUUCAUGGCUGAAUUGGAAGCUAGAACUGUUGCAGGAUUUCAUCACGAGGCUUUGAUAUUUUCCUUUUCCUGAGUGUUCUUUGUCGAUCUGUGGGAGAUUUUGUGGUUAACAAUUGGAUUUGCAGAUGGACUUCUGGUCGUUCUUUAAGCGCCUUUUUGUUUGUACUCUCUCCUCAAAGAUACAUUAACACGAUUUGGCUUUUUGUACAAUCGGGUUAAUGUCAUUCCGCAGCAUACUUCGUGAUGUGAGGGAUGGAUUUGGGAGCUUAUCAAGGCGUAGUUUUGAGGUGAGGCUGCCUGGCCAAUGCCGGGGUAAAUCUCAUGAACCGGAUCUUGAGUUUGAUGACGAGCCUUUGCCAAUCCAGACUAGCCGCUGGGCAAGCCUUCCACCAGACUUAUUAUGCGAUGUGGUCAGAAGACUGGUGGCAAGUGAGAGUACUUGGCCCGCUCGGAGAAAUGUUGUUUCUUGUGCUGCUGUAUGUAGGUCAUGGAGGGACAUGUGUAAAGAAAUUGUCAAAAAUCCCGAGUUAUCCGGGAAAAUUACCUUCCCCAUCUCCUUGAAGCAGCCUGGGCCGCGAGAUGGAACUAUUCAAUGCUUUAUCAAAAGGAACAAAUCUAAUUUAACUUAUCAUCUUUAUCUUUGCCUCAGUCCGGCUCUACUUGUUGAGAAUGGGAAAUUUCUUCUUUCUGCAAAAAGAACCAGGAGAACUACUUCUACAGAGUAUGUUAUAUCAUUGGCUGCAGACGAUAUAUCGAGAUCGAGUAGCGGUUACAUCGGAAAGCUAAGAUCAAAUUUUCUGGGAACCAAAUUUAUUAUAUAUGAUACGCAGCCUCCUUACAACAGCAACCAGAUUCCGACCCUCGGUCGAAGCCGAAGAUUCUACUCCAAAAAGGUCUCUCCAAAGGUCCCAGCCGGUAGCUACAGCAUUGCACAAAUUGCAUACGAGUUAAAUGUAUUAGGUACACGGGGACCUCGGAGGAUGCACUGCACCAUGUAUUCAAUCCCAACUUCAUCUCUCGAGCCAGGUUGCUCAGUUCCAGGCCAGCCCGAGCUCAACCCUCGCCCCCUCGAAGACUCGUUUCGAAGCAUUUCGUUCUCCAAGUCGAUCGAUCAUUCCACUGAGUUCAGCAGUUCCCGCUUCUCUGAUAUUGCGGGAGUACUCAAUGAAGAUGACGAGGGGAAGGACCAACCCCUGAUUCUCCGCAACAAGGCACCAAGAUGGCACGAGCAGUUGCAGUGCUGGUGCCUUAACUUCCG